UUCCAAUUAUAUAUUGACGUCGAGCAUUCUGCGUGUGUGUGUGUGUGUGUCAAGUAUCAGUCGCCCGGCUUAUGAAUAGUUUGUGUUUCUGCUUUCGUUUUCUGUUAAAGGAAUCCGAUUGUUUGCUUUCUAAAAUUCGUAGUUGUUAUAUUAAACUAUUUCACGUACGAGGCAUUUGCAGAAAUCGAUGUGAAGUAAAUAGUCGAGUUCACUAUGCUAACGUCACAAUUUCGCUUCCGUUUCCUGAAUGAGAAGCUGCUCCAGUUUUUCGCCCGAAAUAUACAAAAUGUUGCGUAUUAUAACGGAGAGAACGCCGUCAGUAACAAAAUGGGCGAAUAUUUGGAUCCCGUUCAAAAGAAACUACUGGAUGAAGUAUGCAUAGUGGUCGAUAAAAACGAUCAGUCUCUAUGUGGCAAAAGCAAAAAAGAUUGCCAUCUGAUGGAGAACAUUAAGAGAGGAUUGAUUCACAGAGCCUUCAGUGUUUUCCUUUUUAACAGCAAGAAUGAAUUGUUGUUACAGCAGAGAUCGAGUAAGAAGAUCACCUUCCCCGAAUAUUACACCAAUACUUGCUGCAGUCAUCCCCUCUUCUUAGAUUCCGAAAUGGAGAAGAAAAAUGCUCUGGGAGUCAAGAGAGCCGCCGUGCGGAGAUUGGAAUUCGAACUGGGUAUUCCGAGCAAUUCCGUCAAUUUGGAUGACUUCCACUACAUGACAAGAAUAUUGUAUUCCGCUUCCUCGGAUAGCAUAUGGGGAGAGAAUGAGAUAGAUUAUAUUCUAAUUUUGCAAAAAGAUGUCAAAAUUGAAAGGAAUCCUAAUGAAGUGGCAGAUGUUCGUUAUGUGAGUCGUGGAGACAUGCCGGAUUUUCUUAGUUAUUUGCGUACGAAAGGCUGCCGAAUUACUCCUUGGUUCGAUAUGAUUGUAAAUAAUUUUCUGUACGGCUGGUGGGAUAAUUUACAUCAGUUGGAAACCUUGAAGGAUCAAGGAUCAAUUCAUGUGUUCAAAAAUUCAUAAUUAGAAUAUAUACAAUAUUUUAAAAUAAUAACUUAUAUUUUAUAUGAGUUUUAUUCAAUUAUAUAAAAAUAUUAACAAAAUUUUAUGCACUGUAAACUUAAAUAUUU